AUGGGAAAACAUAGAAACAAAAAUUAAAGCAAAUAUGAAAAUGCUCCUUAAAAGAAAGUUAAGACAAAUCAUUGGGAUCAAGACAAUCAAUAAAUUUGUGUUGUUUAAUUUGAGAAUCCCAUCUUUCGUCGUUUCUAUGAAGUAUGAUAUCAUUUAUCUAUAAUAGAUUCAAUUACCAGAAAUAAGUACAGAAGAAUUUAAGAUAUUUUGGUAAUCUUUAUCUCUUCCUUUACCUGUCACAUUCAGAAUUAAUCCAUCUUAAUUUAAAUAUGAAAGUUUAAUUGAAAGAUUGUAAGAUGGCUCAUUGAUAAAAGAUAUGGUCAAUGAAGAAGAAAUAAUUGAACCAAUUAGAGAAAUUAAAUGGUAUCCUAAUCAUUUAGUUUGGGAAUCUAAAGUACCUAAGAAAAGUCUAAGAAAAUCAGCUGCACUUACUAAAUUACAUUAAUUCAUAUAAAAAUGCAAUUCAACUGGACUUUUGACUAGAUAAGAACUUGUUUCAAUGUUACCUCCUUUAUUAUUAGAUCCUCAAUCAACUGAUUUUGUUUUAGAUAUGUGUGCAGCACCUGGAUCAAAAACAUGUUAAUUAUUAGAAAUUGUUGAUAAAGGAUUGAUUGUUGCAAAUGAUGUUGAUCCAAAAAGAGCAUAUAUGUUAUCACAUCAAUUAUCUCGUAUGCCAACAGCAUAAGUUAUGAUUACUAAUUAUGCAGCUUAAUUCUAUCCAACUUUAUAUAUAAAUGGAUAAAGAUUAUAAUUUGAUAAAGUAUUAUGUGAUGUACCAUGUACUGGAGAUGGAGCUGCUCGUAAAUUACCUACAAGAUGGGUUAAAUGGUCAGCAAGAGAUGGUAAUGUUAUUCAUCCUUUGUAAUUGAGUAUUUUGAUGAGAGCAUUAUAAUUAUGUAAAAUUGGAGGAUAUGUAAUGUAUAGUACAUGUUCACUUAAUCCUAUUGAAGAUGAAGCUGUUGUGGCUGAAGUAUUUAGAAGAGCUGGUUUUGAUGCUUUUGAAUUAGUUGAUUUACAUACAUUAUAAGGAUUUAAAACUAGAAAAGGAGUUAAAGAUUGGAAAGUUAUUAUAACUGAUGACUUUCUUACAUAAAAGUAUCUUCAAAGAGAAACUAACCCAGAUUAAGAUGAAAAGGCUUUCCUUGAUACUGUGAAUGUAGAUGAUUUAGUCUAUGAAGUUAAUAAUGUUAAUUAGAAGUUGAAUAUAAAAAAGUUGUUUUCCAAAUUCUCAAGAAAAUAAGAAGGAUAGAUAAUUAAUGCAUUAAAAACAUUAAAACCUUCUUUAUGGCCAGACACUGAAGAAUUUAUGAAUAAAAUUAAUAUAGAGAAGACAAUGAGAGUACUUCCACAUGAUUAAGAUACUGGUGGUUUUUAUUUGGCAUUAUUUAAGAAAAAAUAAGCAGUAAUUUGGAAAAAACCAAUAUAUUAAGAAUCUAUAAUAUCUUAAUAAUAAUAAUUAAUUGAAGUUGAAUAAAUUAUUGAUAAACCAGUUUAAUAAAUUUAAUAAGUUUUAUAAGAAUAAUAAUAAUAAGUUUCAUAAGAAUAAUAAUAAUAAGUUGUAUAAGAAUAAUAAUAAUAAUAAUAAUAAUAAUAAUAAUAAUAAUAAUAAUAAUAAUAAUAAUAACAUAAAGAAAUAAUAUAAUCUGAAGAUAUUUAAUAAGAAUAAUUAAUUUAAGAUAUUGAUAUGAAUUAAGAUCAUCUUAAAGAUAUCUUAAAAUAAAGCAAUGAAUAAGAUGAUAAAUAAUAAAAUGAUAAAAAUAAAACAGCAUUACUUGAACCCUAUACUCCUAUUAAUGAAUAUGAUUGGAAAGUCAUUUGUGAAUAUUAUGGUAUUAGUGGAUUCCCAUAAGCAUAAGUUUUAGGCACUGGAUAAUCACUUGAUAUUAUUAUGUAAGUCAAUAAGAAAUUUAGAUAUGUAAGUGAAGAUGUUAAAAAUAUUUUGUUUGAUCCAAAGAAUUGUAAAUAAUAUUAUUUAUAUUUCAAUUAGAAAAUCUUAAACUUAUUAACAUUGGUUAAAAACUCUUUGAAAGGGGUAAAGAAAGUUUUGGUGGAUAAGUCACUCCAUUUAAAAUUACAUAAGAAGGACUACCAUACAUUUAUAAAUAUCUAACUAAACGUGUUGUUGAAUGUAAUAAGGAAUAAUUUAUGGAAAUUUUAUAAAAAAGAAAUAUUAGAAUGGCAGAUUUUACUCAUGAAGAUUUAAAGAAACAAUUUGAACAAUUGAUUUAAGGAUGUUUUGUCCUUUUCUAUAAGGAAACUCCAGAAAUAAGUGAAUCAAUUGUAUGCUAAUAUUACAAACAAAGUAUUAAUCUAAUGUGUAGUACUGAGAAUAUAGAAAACAUUCUUAUUAGACAUAGAUUGAUGUGAU